CGGUGUGGUGGUAGGCGGUUUUUUUCUUGUUACAUCAAAUCAAGUCUUGGCUCUCAGCACUAAGAUGACAGGAGUUGGGGGCGGAUUUCUCUUGGAAUAUAUUGUAGUGAUUACCUCCUAGCCGUUGAAUUCCACGUCGUUAUCAAAGCGACCUUCGUUCGUCGCCGCCCCUUCAUAUUAUCUAUCACCAAUUGAAUUUUGAGGCCGUCACGAUGAAUAUCAACUGUAUUCCACCAGCGUUGCUGAUCGAUAAGAAUAUUAUCGAGACUCUUUGUCACAGCCCCGAACCACCCCAUGAUCAAUUCUCUGCUUUCUUUCGGUUUUAUUGCAAUACUUUGUGUGCCGACUCAUUUCCCACUGGUACACUUACUAAUUCUUUCGCGCACCCAUUGGCAUCGUCUAUAGACGUUAUUAAGGCAAUCUCAAUGAUGAGGUCCCAAUGUGGAACAUCUAAGGAGACCCUCAUUAGGCAGUUAUUCCCCGGUAUACCUAAAGAUAAGCAGGAACAAUCUUUAAGAACGCUCGUAAAAGUAGCCUUCAUGUUGGAUACGGCGUCCUACAAGAGCUUUUCUGAUGACUUCCAACUUCGUUUCGGGGAUGCUUUUCCUGUGAAUUGGAAAGACGACCAGGGUCGGAACCCUUCGAGCUGGCGUUUUGGGGAAAGCGACUGCGGCGGUUAGAAGAUGUUGUAGCUCAUCCACCGCCUACAAAUACGCUUAUUUCUUGGAUCGAAAGACAUACAUCGGAAAGGAAUGCUUUAACUGUGGCGAUCGCUGGUUUAUUUUUUGCAGCCCUUUUUGGCCUUCUAAGUGUUAUGGUUGGUGUUGCGCAACUAAUACUUUCUUAUUAUGCGUAGAAAUACCCAACUCGAAAUUUCGUUUAAUAGAUAAAUGCAAUUAAAAGUGAAUA